AUGAUGGGGAUUAAGGGAAAUGUCGGGUGUCUGAUCAUCUUUUGGGCUCUGCUAGUUGCAGUAGUCGCCAUGGCCACCGAGCCUCCUCGUCUCUUUGAGCGGACUAAGGGCAUCAAUGGUCUCGAAAAGAUCAUCGUUCGUGACCGUAAAGGCCGAUCUUUCGAGGUUUACUUGUAUGGAGGUCAAGUGACUUCUUGGAAAAACGAGAAAGGAGAGGAGAUGCUUGUUAUGAGUAGCAAGGCUAUUUUCGAUCCUCCGACACCGAUUCGUGGAGGAAUCCCAAUAUUGUUUCCGCAAUACAGUAACACUGGUCCACUUCCCUCACAUGGAUUUGUUAGACAAAGGUUCUGGGAGAUUGAUGCUAAUCCACCUCAGAUUCCAUCAAAUUCUUAUUAUCUAUCUUUUGUUGACCUGAUCCUAAGAUCAUCCCAAGAAGAUAUGAAGAUCUGGCCUCACAAGUUUGAGUAUAGAAUGAGAAUUGCAAUUGGACCUGUGGGAGAGUUGAUGUUGAUAUCUCGUGUUAAGAAUACUGACGUAAAGCCAUUUAACUUCACAAUGGCUCUUCACCCCUACUUCGCUGUUUCCGAUAUCAGUGAAAUCCAGGUCGAAGGAAUGCAUAAUUUGGAUUAUCUUGACCAACUAAAGAACAGAACACGUUCCACUGAUCAUAACAAAGUUAUAACUUUUAAAUCCCAGUUUGACAGGAUUUACCUCAGCACUCCAGAUGAUAUCAGAAUCGUGGACCGCAAGAAAAAGACGACAAUGGUAGUACACAAGGAGGGACAAGUUGAUUCUGUGGUGUGGAAUCCAUGGGAGAAGAAAGUGGUAGACUUGGGAGUUGAAGACUACAGGCGUUUUGUGACCGUGGAAAGCGCGGCUGUCGAGAAACCGAUCACAGUGAAUCCGGGACAAGAGUGGAGAGGAGUACUCACAAUGACUGUGGUUCCUUCGAAGUAA